AUGUCAUCAAAUCCAUUUUCUGAAAUUAUUCCAUGUCGUCCAGGAAAUCCCACACAUCUUUUGAAUUACAUGUGUUUAGAUGAUGAUUAUGAUGAAGGAUUAAUUUUGUUAGAUGAACAAGCACUGAGAAUUUUAAGAAAAGUUGAAGAACCUAUCGCCGUUAUAACUGGUAUCAAUGAUCCUAAUCAGGAAGUUCCAUGGGCAAACAAACUUUUUGUUUUAUGUCUGGCAAUCUCUUCGACCCUAAUCUAUAAUAUUAAUGGAGUUAUUGGAAGAGACGACAUUGACAAAUUAUUCCUAAUGACUAAAAUUGCAUCCCUAAUUCAACCUCCAAAUGAAUUGCAAUUUUUGCCAGACCUGGUCGUUCUCCUUCGAGAUUUUCAACUAGAUAGUCCACCUGACUUUGUAGAAUAUUUCCUUGAUAGAUUAUCAAAUGUUAAUGAUGAUGGUAAAUUUAAACAUUACAUUAAUUUAUCAAAAAUGAGAAAUAUGAGCACAAUUAGGACAGACAAAUUAGAUCCUGUUUUUGUUACAAAUAUUGAAGAAGCCGUAACAAAUAUUUUUAAAAACUUGUCUCCAAAAUAUCUUGAUGCUUCAGCAAUGACAGGAGUAGCUUUUGCUGAGUUUCUUGAGAGAUGUGUUGCACAAAUAAAUGACCCAGAAAACACCAUGCUAUCGAUUCCAAGUGCAUAUGAAGCUACUAUUGAUUACGCUGCUCAAAAGGCAUACGAAAUUUGUAUUGAACGUUAUGAUGAAAAGAUGAACCAAAUGAUGAGCCAAAUGAAUAUUGAUGGAUCUCCAAUUUCUUGGGAAAAGUUUGAAAAUACUCAUAGUGACGCGUUUGAAUCUGCGCAUAACGAUUUCAUUAAGCAAAUUCUUGGAGACGCUAAUCAAAUCCAGUCUUUUCGAAAAACAUUUUGUGAUAAGAUUACUGCUUUAAAAGAUAAAUAUUAUAAAGAAAAUUCCGCUGCCUUAAUCAAAUAUCAUGAAGAAUGGGCUCAUAAACUUUGGGAAGAGCAUGUCGCUCCUGGAUUGGAAAUAACAAAUCUUUUUGAUACGGAUGAAUUUGAAGAAGCAAUUAAUUUGUUUGAACAAAUUUAUGGAACUAUAGUAAAACCAGGGCAGGAAGCUGUACAAGUGCUGAACGGAUUUAAAGCCAACCAAUACGAAUAUUCCAUUAGGCUUUUGAAUAAUUAUAAUGCUUUGCGGGAGGAACGUGCAAAUGAAAUGUUAGCACGUCAACAAAUUGAACGGCAACAAUGUGAACUUUUACAAGAAGAAAUGAAAUUACGAACAGAAAUAAUUAAUGUUAAGGCUGAAAAUGAAAAAAUUCAGAAACAACUUGAAGAAAAAAUAAAGACUAUAGAAAAAGGUAUUCUCGAUCAGGAACAGAGGGAACAAGCGUUCGAGAAACUAAAUAAUGAGAAUGAUCGAAUGCUUAAACAAUUAGACGAUUAUAAUCGUAUGCUUAAUAAAGUCAAUGAAGAAAACCAGUCGAAAGUAAAUAGUUUGCAAAACCAACUCACUAACAAUAAUCGAAAGAAAUCUGAUAUGUUAAGUGUAGUGAGAGACCUUGGUGUUGCUCUUGCACCGCUUAUAUUUAGCACCAUUUUUAAUUAG